UUUUGGUGUUUGUCUUCCAUUAGGUCUGAUAAUCUUUGGUGAUUUGGUCGAUUCAUUUAUUGAUCGAGCAUCUCAUCUAUGUUCAUUUAACUUCACAUCUCUCACUCAACACUAUUGUCCAUCAAAUAUCACAUUAACAUCAACUAAUUUUUAUACAGCAAUAUCACAGUGCAAUGUAACUAAAUCUAAUUUUACAUUUAUUUUGUAUGAUCUCAAAGGUCGCACAAAUGAACAAGUAAUCAUAUUAGUUAUAAUUGGUUGUGUUAAUCUUAUAUCUGGUUAUAUUCGAGUUAUAUUGCUAGAAAUAUCAGCAGAAAAACAAACUCGAACUAUUCGACAGACUUUAUUUCAGUCUAUUCUCAAGAAAGAUGUUGUCUUUUUCGAUACAUAUAAAGUUGGUGAACUUAGUGUGCGUUUGACAGAUGAUAUCAAUAAAGUUCACAAUGGUAUUGGUAAUAAACUUGGUUCAGUUAUUGAAGCAUUGACAACAUUUAUAAGUUAUAAUCUCAUUGGUGAUAUUCAUUUUUCAAAUGUUUAUUUUUCUUAUCCAUCACGAUCUGAUGUUCCUAUUCUCAACAAUUUAUCAUUUCAUAUUAAAUGUGGUCAAACUGUUGCUCUUGUUGGUUCAUCUGGAUCAGGAAAAUCAACAUGUGUUCAGUUAUUACAAAGAUUCUAUGAUUCACAAUUAGGUUCAGUUCUUAUUGAUGGAAAACAAAUCAAUCAAUAUAAUCUAAAAUGGUUAAGAAAACAUAUUGGUGUUGUUAAUCAAGAACCAGUUUUAUUUCAUACAACUAUUCGUGAAAAUAUCUUAUUAGGAUCUGAUUCAGCAACUAAUGAACAAAUCUAUGAAGUAGCUAAAAUGGCUAAUGCACAUGAUUUCAUCAUGCAACUUCCUAAUAAGUAUGAAACUCUUGUUGGUGAACGUGGAGCUGCACUUUCAGGUGGACAAAAACAAAGAAUUGCUAUUGCUCGAGCACUUCUUCGAGAUCCAAAAAUUUUACUUCUUGAUGAAGCUACUAGUGCACUUGAUUAUGAAAAAACUAUUCAAAAUAUCCGAACAGUAUUUCAAUUAACAAAAGAAACUCAUUUUUAUGAUCAAUAUUCUCAAAUCAUUGAUACUAUUCAUCGAUCAUCAAUCAAGCGUGCUCAUAUUUUAGGCAUUUUAUUCUCCUUAGCAAAUGCUGCUAUCUAUUUUGCGAUAGCAGCUUUUGUUUCUUAUGCUACCUUUUUGUUUGACAAAGGUACAGUUUCUUUCGAAAAUAUGUUUAUGGUUCUUAAUGCUGUUCUCUUGGCUGCUCACACUAUUAGCGAAGAGUUAGCACUAUUUCCAGACUAUGGAAAAGCAAUUGAAGCUGCUGAAAACAUCUUCAAGUUAUUGAAGCGAAAACCAACAAUUGAUAAUGAAUCAAAGGAUGGUCUUGAAAUUACUGAUUUUACUGGACAACUUGACUUUGAGGAUGUUUAUUUCAAUUAUCCAAAUAGACCUCAAUCAGUCAUUCUCAGAAAUUUCAAACUUAAUAUCAAACCUGGUCAAAAAGUAGCACUUGUUGGUACAUCUGGCUGUGGAAAAUCAACAACUAUUCAGUUAAUUGAACGUUUUUAUGAUGUAAAUAUCGGUCGUCUUUUGAUUGAUUCAAAAGAUAUUCGAACACUUAAUCUUCAGUGGUAUCGAUCACAAAUUGGUAUUGUUUCUCAAGAACCAGUUCUUUUUGAUAUGUCUAUUCGUGAAAAUAUAGCAUAUGGUGAUAAUAGUCGAAAAGAUAUUCCAUUAGAUGAAAUUAUUCAAGCAGCAAAAAAUGCAAAUAUUCAUGAUUUCAUUCAACUUCUUCCAUAUAGAUAUGAAACAAAUUGUGGUACAAAAGGAACUCAAUUAUCAGGAGGACAAAAACAAAGAAUUGCCAUUGCUCGAGCAUUACUUCGAAAUCCAAAGAUUUUAUUACUUGAUGAAGCAACAAGUGCAUUAGAUAGUGAAAAUGAAAAGAUUGUUCAAGAUGCAUUAGAUCAUGCUCAACAAAAUCGAACAUCAAUAACAAUUGCACAUCGUUUAUCAACAAUUCAAAAUGCAGAUAUGAUUUGUGUUUUUCAUAAUGGUGAAAUUGUAGAAAGUGGAAGUCAUGAUGAAUUACUUGCUCUUGGUGGUCGAUAUUAUCAAUUAGUCACAACAAAAGACUAA